AUGAAGUGCACGCGGCACCCGUUAGAGAACGGCGUCGGCGUCUGCGCCCCUUGCCUCCGCGAGCGCCUCCUCGCCCUCGACGCCGCGACCGCCCCAUCACCGGAUGACCGGAAGGCCUCCACACAAACCCCGUCGCCUCCUCCUCUCCUCUUCCCACGCUCCGUCUCCCCUUACGUCCCCCGCUCUGCCGCUGGCGGCUCCCGGCGGGCCUCCUUCCUCUCCGCCCUCUUCGGCCGCCGCGGACAUGGGAACCUGGAAAGGAAGCCUCAGCGAUCCAGCUCUUGGCUCUCGGCACUCCUGCAUGGCCGUCGGAGGAAGAUGACCUCGUGCAUGUCCGUCGCGGACGAAGCCGCCGAGCCGGGACGGGACUGGGGCAUCUCGCCGGAGAGAUCCCGCGGCGGGUACGACGCCGAGCCGCCGUGGCCUCCACAUCGGUCCUCGAUGACGUGGGCCACCGCGGAGCACCACCAUCACCACGGAAGCGGCCUCGCCGGUUUCGCCAUGUGUCUCAGCCCGCUGGCGGCGGCCAGCUCCAGCAGGAGGCGGUCUCGGGUGGCGGAGUUCGGCUUUUCCGGCGAGCUCCCAAGGACCGCGUUAGGCCCGCAUCGCCACCGCCGGCACGCGUCUGCCGGAGGGCCGGUGAUGUGGCCAGACACGUCGCGGAAACCGACGGAACUCGGCAGGUUAAGAUGA